AUGUCACCACACGCGCUGCAGCAGCAGCAGCAGCCGCAGCAGCAGCAGCAGCAGCAGCCGCCGCAGCAGUCGCAACAGCAGCAGGGGCAGCCGGAGCGGUCGCAGGGGCAGCAGCAGGGGCAGCCGCAGGGGCAGCAGCAGGGGCAGCGGCAUGGACAGCAGCAGGGGCAGCAGCAGGGGCAGCAGCAGGGGCAGCAGCAAUGGGAGGAGCAGCAGCCACAACAGCAGCAGGGGUUCCAGCAGCACCAGCAGCAGCAGCGGCAGAGAGCAACUGCUCGCUCCUCACCCUUCCUCCUCCCCCGCAUGCAUACCCACUCCCUUGAUCCUAUCCUUGGCACCCCGCCCUCUACCUCCCUCCACCUCCUUGAUGACUCCCACGAGGAGUUUACCACGGUCCAGCACCACACUCCCUCUCUCGCCCCGCUCUAUCCUGACUUCCUCGGCGCUCUUAUCUUCAGCGCCAUCUCCGCUCCCACCAUCUUCGUCCCCUCCACCUUCCAGGAAGCUAUCACCUGCCCUGACGCUGACAAGUGGAUAGCCGCUAUCUUCCUGGAAUGUGAGGCGUUCAUUCGCAACGACUCCUUCAUUGACGUUCCCCUCCCCUCUGACGCUAAUCUUGUUGAGGGCAAGUGGAUCUUUCGCGUGAAGCAGCUACCGGAAGAAGAACCAGUCCACAAGGCCCGCUACGUUGGCAAAGGCUUCACUCAAACCUGGGGUGAGGACUUCUGGUUCACAUUCGCCCCUACUGUUAAGCCGCCCACCCUUCGCACCCUCCUUGACAUUGGUGCACGUGACGACAUGGAGAUUGACUCCAUGGAUGUUUCCAACGCGUUCCUCCAAGGCGAACUACACGAGCGCAUCUUCCUGCGGCGCCCCCCCGGUUUUCAUGCUGCUUUCGCCGACAAUACCGUGUGGCAACUGCGCCGCCCGGUCUAUGGUCUGAAGCAGGCGCCGCGGGAAUGGCAUGCGAAGCUGUCUGCCACCUUACGAUCCCUCGGCUUCUCUGCCUCCCACUCCGAUGCCAGCCUCUUCAUCCACUCCUCGCCCCGUCGCUUCUUCAUCUCAGUCUACGUUGACGACAUGAUCCUACUUGCUGAUUCCAAGGCCAACAUGGAGCAGGUGAAGCGAUCGCUGCAGGAGCGUCUCAAGUGCAAGGACCUUGGCCCACUACAGAACUGUCGAGAUUGA